AUGGCCAAUGGUUAGAAGACAACUUAGAGGAACUUCUAAAGGACUCUCCUGAGACAGAUGCUGAUGAAGAGAGAAGAAAGUUACGGGAUCUAAUGGGUCAAUUCGUGUCUAUUCAGCCUGGCAUGUGAGUGUAACAGAUAAAUCUGCUGUUUUCUCAAAGGCCUACGACUUCAGGGAUGAACUCCACAAGCGCUCUGACUGGUUAGAUGAAGCUCAGAGACUUGUGAAUGAGGAUCCUUUUAUAGAUGGUUUAGAAGAUGCUUGAGCUUUUCUCUGUGAACAUGAGAGCAUGUUAAAGAAACUAGAUACUGAAGGUGCUAGGAUUCAGGCUGAUAUUGACGCUGGAAGACGUCUCAAGAAAGAUAGGAAUGCUCCUGCAUUUGUUUCAAAAACAGUGGAGGAAUUGGACAGAAAAUUGAAAGAUACAAAUGAAAAAGCAAAACAGAAACAAGUGAAAUUAAAGCAAAAAGUAAAAGAAUGGGAAAAUUAUGAAAAAUCAAAAUCAGACUGUAUACAGUUACUCGAGAAAGCAGAAGCUGAACUUGAAAAACCACCUGCAACUUCAGGACAUGAAUUAGCAGAGAAAGAUCUACAAUCUAAAAGAUGUGGAUUUAAGGACCUUCACUCGUCCAUGAUGCUCACAGUUACGUGGAUGAAACUGACAGCUGAAAAACAUUGACUCAACGACAGUUCGAACUUCAAAGAACAUUAGACAAAUUGAAAGAAAGUGUAAAUGACAUGCAAAAAAUAAAUGCGAUCGUGGCAGAGGGUGCUAGUCGUCAGUGGAAUGGACCGUUAAAAGUGGAGAUCUCUGAAAUAGACAAAAGGCUUGACAAUGUAUUCACCAGACUUAAUGCUAAGUUGGCAGAUCUGGAAGCAACGAUCGCCAAAUGGACUGAAUGUUACAAGAGAAGUUAAUCAUUUAUGUGAAUGGUUAAACACCAAAGAGUCAAAUCUUAAUGAUGUGUUUGAAAACAAAUCGGCUCAGCCUGAAGAGCAGCUGAACAAAGCAACUGAUAUUUCCAGAGAAGUAUACGAAAACAGGGUAACCUUAGAUAAUUUGGAAAAAGAUGCUAGGGGCUUGUCACAAAACUUAAGAUCGAGGGAGACAUCAGCUCUCAAAACAAAACUGGCCAGUGUCAGACGUCAGUGGGAGAACCUAUGUUCCAGAGCUAAGGAUAGAAGUUCUGCUCUGACAGGAAGUGUAGCUCACUGGCAGAUGUACCAGAACUUGUCCCAGCAGCUGUAACCAUGGAUGGAGAAAGCUCAAAGAUACUGUGCUACUGAACUUCCUAAAUGUUCCUCGUUGGAGGAAGCCAAAGACUUGUAUAAUCUUCACCAGGAACUUCAAAAAGAACUUGAAGAACAUGAAAAAAAUAUCAAAGCCCUACAAGACAAAACUGCUCUACAGAAUAAAUAUCCAUCUGCAGAAACCAGUAACCUUGCCAAGGAUGCUCUCGUGCUUUGCAAGAAGUUUGACACUGUUGUCAACCGUGGAGAUAAGGUAGCUGACACGCUUGAGAGCACUCUAGAACAACACUGUCAGGAUGCCCAGCUUCAGGAGCAGAGAUGGCUUAAAGCAGCUAAAGAGAAGUUAGCAUGGUGCGGAGACAUCCCUGGGGAUAGAUACAGUGUAGAGGGAAAAUUAGCCACUAUCAAGGACUUGAUAGCUGGUUUGAAAGAUGGAGGACAAAAGAAAAAUCUAGCAGCAGCCAAGUUAGACUCUCUGAAGGCUGUCUUACCCAGAGAGAGACAAACUGAAUUAGAGAGACAGAGGAAACAAGCUGACAAAGAAUUCCAGGACUUAGUCAAACAACUACAGCAAACACAGUAA